AUGUCGAAGCCUGCUCUUGCCCGCCUCUCCCUCGGGGCUCUGUCCCGCAGCAGCCUGGCUCCAGCCACUCACAAUGAGGGACGCAACAUGGCAGAGGCUUUGGACGAACAGCAGCGGCAGAGGCUGCAACAGGAAGGGGAUGCGGCCGCAGCCCAGACCAGCGCUCCAGUCGCAUCUUUUCGCAAGACACUGCACCUCCACAUCGGCGCAGACUUGCACAUUCCUGUGCGUGACAGCAAGUACACCCACCCCAGCCGGGAGGAGCAGCAGCAGGCAGCAGCAUCCAGCGACCCAUUUGAUGGCUUGCCGCUGAGGGCGUGGGCUGAGAAGCUUGGGGAGAGAGUGAUGCCUGCCUAUGAGCUCAUCAAAGAAGAGCAGGAGGCUGCGAAGAAAGCCGCCAGGGCUAUGGGAAAGCAGGUCACGGAGAUGCAUGUUCCCAACAUCCCCCACGUGCUGCCACUCACAAGAUGGGCGGCUCAGAGCAAGGCCAUGCAGAGCACUUUUGUGGUGGACGAGUCCAAGAACAGGAAGAAGGCUCGGCUGUCCUGGUACCAUCCAGAUGACACGAUGGUGCCUCGCGACUGGUUCCGUGGAGGCUUGCUGAAGGAUCUGGCCUACUAUCGCCCCUUCUCUGCCGACAGCUGA